AUGCUGCACGCGAUGCGGCCGGUGCUUCUGGCGACGGCUCUGCUCGCCGUCACCGCCCACGCCUUCUUGGGAUUCGGAAAUGGAGCGGCACGCAAGGCCGAGGACUCCAAAUGGGGUCAUUAUCACAAUCAGGAACAAUUGGAGACCAAGCUACGCGAGAUCAAUGAUAAGUGUCCGGAGAUCACCACCCUCUAUGAAAUCGGACAAUCUGUCGAAGGACGCUCUUUGGUUGUCAUCCAAUUCUCAACCACCCCCGGAGAGCAUGUCCCAACGAAGCCAGAAGUCAAGUUGAUUGGAAACAUGCAUGGAAACGAGCCGAUCGGACGCGAGCUCCUGCUCCGUUUCGCUGAGACUCUCUGCGAUGGAGCUAUCAAUAAUGAUAAGGAAAUUGUUCAACUCCUCAACGCCACCUCCAUCCACAUUCUUCCAUCCAUGAACCCUGAUGGCUUCGAAUUGGCCCUCACCACUGAACCAGUUCAACGCCAAUGGCUCACCGGACGUUCCAACAUCAAUGGAGUCGACCUCAACCGUGACUUCCCAGAUCUUGAUAGCAUCUUCUACGAACUUGAAAAGAUCAAGAUUCCAAAGUGGGAUCAUCUUCUCUCCUUGUUCGAAGACAACGUCGAUCGUCAACCAGAAACCAUUGCAGUUGGCCAAUGGACUCUAUCUCUUCCAUUCGUUCUCUCUGCCAACUUCCAUGAGGGAGACUUGGUUGCCAACUAUCCAUUCGACGCUGCUAUUGAUGAGAACGCUCAGAAGACCGCCUAUUCGGCAUCUCCAGAUGACGGAACUUUCCGUUGGUUGGCCAAGGCCUACGCUGACAAUCAUGCUCAUAUGUCGAAGAAUGACCAUGCACCAUGUGACGGAACCAGCCAGGAUGCGUUCGCUCGUCAAGGAGGAAUCACCAAUGGAGCCAAGUGGUACUCGGUUGCCGGAGGAAUGCAAGACUUCAACUAUUUGGCCACCAACGCCAUGGAGAUUACUUUGGAGUUGAGCUGUGAGAAGAUGCCAAACGGAUCCCAACUUCCACAAUUCUGGGAGGACAACCGUAAGUCAAUCUUCGAGUACGUCUGGAAGGCACACUCUGGAAUCAAGGGACUGGUUGUUGACGCCAUCACCGGAGAACCAAUCCAACGUGCGGUUGUCUGGAUUCGCAACGGAACUGAGUCCACUCCAAUCAAGCAUCCAGUCACUACGUGGUCCGAGGGAGACUUCUACCGUAUUCUUCCAGCUGGCAAGUAUGAAGUCAUCGUUGCCGCCGAGGGAUACGACAUUGCUGCCAAGAACGUGACCAUUGAGAAUAAGGUUCGUGACAGUGCAAUGGUUGUCAACUUCGCCUUGAACCCAUCCGCCGAUGAGCCAUCCGAGAGUGAGCAAGAGCAAAUCGCCGAGCUCGUCAACGAGAUCACCCGUCGUCGUUAA